AUGAGCUCUCACAAUACCAAUCCCCCCAGUCUCGUUAGUCAGGGCCCAACUGAUGGCUCGACCGUUCUCUCCAGCGGUCCUGAUGCAACGGCCGCUUCUGAUGGAAUCACGGCUCACUCGUCCAACAUUGAGAACCAAGAUCCUAACCCAGACGUCAUAGAGCUAUACGGAUUCGCUACUUGGAUUGGCGCUGACGAUGAUUAUGGACUAGAAAUGGACUUGGACUAUAUCAAGGGGCGGGGCUGUCAAUGGACAGUGAAGCUACAGCGGUAUGACGAAUUUACAGCUGAACGCCGUGAAAAGACUAUAUAUCUACCCGGUCUAUUCGUCGACUUCUUCAAGAUACGGCAGGAAUGGAAAUCUGUUGAACUGACGGAACAAGUUUGGGCCCCACUGAGAGAGCGCCUUUGGGAGGAGAACGUGCAAAACUCGGGGCUAGACAGGAACAUUCUCAUGACCAUGAUGAAUAAGGCCAAAUCUUCUCCAAGCGCAGAGGAGGAAUACGCAAGGUUUGAUAGGAUGUUUCAUAAGCUAAAGAAGGUCGAGGAAGUCCGAGAAGAGUUCGCAGCACGGCUAGAGAGCACAGCAGUUCAAGGGUCGGAAUAUCUCGCUUUUGACAUGCAUUGGAAAAUGCCAUUAUUCGUCCUAGAUAGCGAACUCAACAUCCCGCAGCCCUUUCGAAUGCUCAUUCGUCCAUCGACGGGUUGCAAUCGCGCUCAAGCGAUUCAAGCGACACCAUCGAUUCCUGCGAAUUCGGAUCGCAGCACUGUAGAGCACCCAACUUGUAGUCAGUCUGUGGUGAAGAUCUCGGUCCGUAUCGAGCCAAGCUUGCCGAAGAUCGCGAAAUGGUCUCUAGUCGAAAUAGAUCGCUUGUCGCAGCUGUGGGUUGUCCGCUCGACCCCUGUAUCAACUUGUAAUAAAGUAACAAUGGUCGUUAACUAUUGUGCGGGGAACGGACCAAUCAGAAGCCAGUUUCGCAAGAAUCAAUCGAGCAGACGCACCAUGGAUUUGCCUACAGCAUUGAUGCCUAAGUACUGUAGUAUCUGCGGUAGCGCGCUGAAACAACUUCCACGGGAGCAAAUACUACUACUGAUCUCCGAAUUUGCUAAAAUAAUGAAUGAUAUCGCUGGUUUCUCGAAUCGUCGGAUCAUUAAGGGUACGGAGCGAAUGAUGCGCUCUAUUAAUGAGCUUCGAUCAGCAGAGAAACCCGCAGACCCGGAAGCGCUCCGCAUGAACUGGAACCCAAAUAAAAGCGAAGCACGCGAGAUCUCCGAUAGCCUGAUCAUGCAACGGACGUUGGGCGACAAAGGAAGGAUCACCCUUGUCCAAUGCUUGGCCUCGUACGCAACUGUCCAUCGGAUGAUCUUCAACGAUGCCUCUAGCGUUGAUGAUGGAAUGACCUCUGGCCCAAGCAACAUACCUUCCACGUCAAACCUACCUGAGACCACUGCUAGCUCAGAAGCCAAAUCAUGCAUCGAUGCUGGAUCCGUGGAUUGGGUUCAGAUCCUCACGGAUUCAACAAACAUUGGUGAUGAUCUCGACUUUCGAGUCGAGGCCACGUUAUACUACGUGACCGGAACAGGCUUUGAGUGGAAAAUCGAAUUCCGCCGACAGUCGCCUUCCUGCCUCCUCAAAUCGAUCCCGAUCCGAGGCCUGUUCAUCGACGUCAUGAAGAUCCGUAGGGAGUGGCCUCAACCUAGGCUGCCGGAUCUAGUCUGGCCAGAAAUCAGAUCGCUCUUGUGGAGCCACAACGAUCGAGUCAACUUGUGUCGAGACUUGAUCAUCAAGCAGUCGAAUGAGACAAAUUGCCCAUUGAGUAGACAGGAUCAAUACACAGUUUUCGCUCGAGCGUACGAGAUUCAGAAGCAGGAAGAAAACGCUCAAAGAUUGGAGGAUGACGUCUGUAGAGUCUCGUAA